AUUCUGGCAGUGUCAUUGGAGAGAAAACUCCAGAAUGCCACUAACUUCUUCCUGAUGUCUCUGGCUGUGGCCGAUCUGCUGGUGGGAUUGCUCGUCAUGCCCAUCGCUCUCGUGACUGUGCUAUUUCAAUGAAGACACACAGAAGUCAAGCACUCUUCAAAACAUUUCUGGUGUAAACAUGCCUCACAAGUUUCAAACUACACAACAUCUGCCAAGCUACUACUAUUAUCGUUAUGAUGCCAGCUUGGCUUUCAGUUCCGAUGCCAAACACCCCAGUCCAUCUAUUAUUUCUCAUUAAUUAGACCUGAUGACAUUUAUUGAACCUUAUUUGCUGCACCUUGUCUGUUUCAGGUUGUUUACUCGACCAUAAUUUGGCUCUUGAACAAGAACCUUAAAGGGACAAUCUAGCAAUGAAAUUCAGUCGUUAUUCGCUCAACUUCAUGUCAUACCAAACCUUAGGACUUUCAAUGUGGUCCAAGGUUUGGAACAACAUUAGAGUAAAUGACUGAAUUUCCAUUUUUAGGGUGAAUUAUCCUUUUAAGACUGCUGGGUAGAUUACGUAUAAAUUGUAGUCCGUUACGGAUUCCAAAUUGCAUGGCGAAACUUGUAGUUAGUUACGUAAUCCAUCACAUAACACAUUUUAGGUAAUAUAAUCAGACUACUUUUUGAUUACUUUUGACCUAACUUUUGACCUAAAAAACCCCCCCAAAAAAACCAACAUGAUUGUGUACUAUAUAUUGUUAUAAACAAACAAAGUGAAAGAAAAUAUAUUUAAUUCGUUGUUAUUAACAACAUGAAGUGCAUUAAACCAAACUGGGGUUUGUAAAGAACUGCAAGGUAAAUAAAAAGAAUGUGUGCAUCAGUAGCUGAUGCAAUGUUGAAAUGUUGAGAAAACACUUUUUUAUUUUUUUAUUAAAAUAAGUCUGGUAAAUUAUAGCGACAUGACUAGUCUUUGUGUGAAGGUCCACAAACUGGAAGACUUUCUGAGUGUAUAAGCGGCAGGCUAUUUUAGAAAGAAAUGUUUAAAUGAUGAAAAAGAAGAAUUAGGGAGAAUCAAAUUAUAAAUACUGCUAUUAGGUAAAUAUGUAAUCAAUAAAAAUGUAACUGUAGUUUGAUUAGGACUAUUUUAAAAUGUAAUAAUCUAAUAUUACAACAAGUACUUAACAAGUACUGCAAUCCAGAUUACAUGUAAUUAGUUGCUACUUUAAGUCCAGUUACGGACUGGAAAAUAUUUUAACAGAUGCUAUUCAUCCAAAAUAAAUGGUCAAACACUGUGUUGGAGAAAUUGGAAGAAAACGUAACCCAAAGAUGGGUAAAGGUGGGCUUCUGUUGGAUGUUUUUGUUGAAAACCUCAAGCCCAAACUUGGUUUAAGUAGCCAAGUUAAAUCAAGCCUUGAUGACACAAAGAAACUGAAGAUAGGAUGGGAAAAUGACUUGCAAACAGCUUCUAAAGGUGUUCCACAGAAGGAAAACCAUGUGUGAAUGCAGACAGAGAAAGAAGGGUUUCGCCAAACAGCUGAAGCUUACCAGAAGUCAUGAACACUGACAGGUAAUUAAAUCAAAUUACCUUUGGAGGAAGGGGUACAAGAAUACAAUAUGUUGAGUGCCACAAUUUAUUGACCAAGACAGCGGUAACUCUAGACGUUAAUUCGCAACAUAAUAACUCGCGAUUAAAUGUAAUCAUAAAAAUUAAAAGCAACCUUUACCUACUGGAGUAAAUCAACGCUUUCAGUCUUGUGGAGGUAAGAUGUGCUUGCUAAAACAUUAAAACCAAAUGUCCAAAGGCCGCGUCUACAUCUGUGGACCAGGUGAAGACAGGAACUGAAGUUAAAGCCAUGAAAAACUCAUGAACUCUGUGAAAACCUACACAGCGCUUGAUAAAGAGUCUCAGCAAGGCUAAAAACAAGAGCCUACUAUGGAGAGCACACCACAAAUGUGUUUCUCUGAGAACCAGAGAAAUAUUUACAUGAGGAAGUUGAGACUUGGCGGCGCAAACCUAAAGUGUGGUAGAGCAGAGUGAGUCUUUAUUUUGCUUUCAGCAAGAGAGGGCACACUUACCUGUCAGUCUAUAUGGGAACUAGGGCUGGACGACAUAGUAAAUCUGUUCGCUUAGAUAUUGUCUUGCCUACAAAAUCUAAGCAAUAUCAAUUAUUUUCAAGUGCCAUGACAUUUGAACAAACUUGAGUUAUCACCCAAAAUCGUUUAUAGGGGGUUCUAUGUGGUAUAUUUCAUAUACUAAAGUGUUUGGGUGAAUAUUAUUUAAGUAAAAACAUUUGAUUGCUAUAUUGACACAUAUAAAUUAGCAUAACCUUUUAUAGAUUUUUAUUGUUUUAGUUCUUAGGCUGCAGUCACUUUAGCCAGAAUGUUGUGGGAAAAAGAUCCAGUGUCUAUUGUCAACAGUGUAGUGAUGUAUGAAGCACAACUCACACAAUCGCUUUCAAAUCAAGUGGCUAUCUGUUGGUCAACACAGCUAAUUCGCAUUGCAAAAUCUGUUGAUAAUCUUUCACCCUUACGCAAAAUUCCCAAUUGCAUGGAUUCCUAUAACAAUGACUGUAUUUUGCAAUGGAAAAUAGUGUAAAUGCUGACCGCACAUUUACACUCUACAAAAUUAUUUCAGAUUCAACAUUGAGAAUCUAUUGAACAAUAGACUUGGGCUUUUUGGAUAAAAGUUUCUGUGAUUGGGAGAAACUGCAUAGUUGACAAUUUUACAAAAAUGUAAGCACACAAAUACAGAAUAGUGUCAUCUAAUGCAGGCUGUCAAUCAAAAUUAACCGUAUAUAUUAAUCCACUUAACUUUUAAAGUUUUGAAAUAUACUUUUAUAUUGCAAUAAUUUCACACACAAUCUUGAAAUUAACGUAGAAAACAUAAUGACAGUACUUUUUUAAAUAUUUGUUUAGUGGCAUCUUUUUUAUGACCGAAGGCGAGCAUCACUGAUGUCUCUGAAUUUUUGUUUUUUUCUUUUCCUUUUUAACCAUUGACUAUAAGCAUUCAACAUUACAAUAUAAUUGAGAGCUAUCAAUUUUAAAAUUUAUAAGACUUUAAAAAAUAACUUCUAAUUUAAGUGAAUUUAAACAAUCUUCACAUAAACCCAUUAUAAUAAAUGUCAUAUUUACAUAUGCCCUUUAGCAAAUAGGAAAUAUAACCUACAGAAAUUGAAUAAAGUUAUCAAACACCAAAUUCUAAAUUAAAUAGGCUAUAGAUGAAUCCUUAAAGCUACAAAAGCAAUUGAUUUCUUCUUUUUUUUCUCUUUUGUUCUUUGAUAAACAGACAUCACAGCAGCUGGGUUAUUAGCUUAUUUGGCUGCUAUUACUUUAAGAGCUGCCGCUGACGUGGAUCUGAAGCACUUGUAGAACUUUUCAUUAACGCUUUAAUAUGAAAUGAUACAGGCUACAGCGCGCUGCCAUAUUUGUGCGUGCAACUGAAGAGCAUGCACUACGAGCAAAGUAUAACGGCUGACAGGACAGAAAGAUUUGUUUUUACUAACUUGUGGCCUGACAAAAUCUCAUUACUGUUGCUCCUCGUCACCUGUACUGUUUACGUGCUCGUUUGACUCACGCCUGUCGCUGAGGUGGAGUGUGCAUCUGAAAAAAAUCUCCUGUUUUAUGUGGUCAUAAAGAUGUUCUGCAUCUAAAUAAACACACUUCGUCAACGAGACUGAAGCUGCAGUUGUGAGUGGGGUGGUCAACCCUAGCUCCGCCCCUGCGUUAACUGCGUUAAAUUCGAAAAAUUAAUAGAAUAAUCGAUUGCGUUAACAUGCUAAUUUCGACAGCACAUACAUACACAUACAUAUGAACAGUAAGAUUUUUAAUGUUUGAACCAUUCAAAAACUUGGAGUCAGUAUUUUCUAUUAUUUUUUGGUCAAGAAAUUAUAGAAAUGAAUUCAACAAUCAUGCUGGUUAAAUUAGUUUGCCUCAAAUGACUGCAAAAACAUGCUGGAUUCAGAAAACCUAGCUGGCAAUAAUGUAGCCCUCUCUGAGGAGCUUCUGUGAGGAUCUGUUUAGUGAAGAUGGGUGAUCUGACCAAUGCCAGUCUUCAACAUCUGGUUAUAGGCUCUCCAAACCAUGGAGGUCCGCUCACACACACAAGUUUGGAGAUACACUACGGUUGAGGUCCAUGAAGGCAAGAAAUCAUGUUUAAAAUGUAAGCACACAUUGUGAAACUGAGACCCAAAAGUUUACACAAAAUCUAACUUUGUUAAACCAGUAACCUGAAGUAUUUGGAGGAGCUUAUUAAGAGAUGUACGAUGUAUUUUAUGAAAAAUUUCACUAAAUUUAGCAUUUUACCUUCCUUUUCAUUUCUGGUAAAUGUGGAAUUGUCAUGAGAGCAAUAAUACGGCAUGUACCACACAGUUUAUCUGUUUUACUUGAGCAUGAAAAAGACCAACAAAAACUGAAGAGAUAAAAACAAUGUAAUCUUUUUCAAAGGCUUUAAACAACAGCAUUUGUAACUGCAAUGGGAUGAGGACCAACUCGAUUAUCCACCAUUUCACGUCUGUCACUAAAAUAAACAGCGUCACUGGAGAGCUUGAUGAAUAGUGCAAAAGCCCCUGAAUGUUUAAUCUUUUGAAUUGUUUGUGUUAAACUCAAGCUUGUUUCUAUUUAUUUAAUAAUGUUAAGAUCCACUAAAUACAAGAUGGGAUGCAAAGGCUGCGAUGAAUUUAAAGCAAUGCAUUAAUGUUCAUGUCCAAACAAGAUAUCAAAAAACAAGGAAAACUAGUCUACAAUAUUUACAUUUAAGGCGAGCCUGAUUUGUCAAGAAACACUGGGAAAUCCUUAAUCAUCUGAAAGGAUUAGCAAAAAUGUUUUAUAUGAAUUAGUAAAAAAAAAAAAACUGUAUUGCAUUGUUUAUUCCAUGUCACUCAUUUAUUUUCCCACCAUGAAAGAUCUGUGAUUUACAACAUAUUUAACUUAAUCUGAAGUUCUUCAUAGGUGACUGAAGAGAAGAACAUUUAGGAGAAUAGGUUUGGGCAGCAUUUUUCCAGAAACACUGAAUGGCACAAUAACUCUGAUGAAAGCCAUGCUAAGUUAGCGUGCAUGACAUGAUGUUGAAAAGAUGUCUUUAAAAUGUGUGUGUCCCAUCACAAAGAGUUGGACCUAGUUUAAAUUCAGAGAGCCCACUGAUUAGUGCUUAAUAUUCUCUUCAUAUUUCAGACUCCAGAUGGCCCCUUGCAGAUUUCCUGUGCCCUAUCUGGCUGUUCCUGGAUGUCUUGUUUUCAACUGCCUCCAUCAUGCACCUGUGUGCCAUCUCCCUCGACCGCUACAUUGCGAUCAAGAAACCAAUCCAGCACAGCCAGUUCAAAUCCAGAGCUAAAGCGCUGGCUAAGAUCACACUUGUCUGGCUAAUCUCUAUAGUUAUCGCAAUACCCAUUCCAAUCAAAGGGCUACAAGUCUUCGACCAUCCAAACAACGUCACCUUCAACAACAACCACACCUGUCUGUUGUCGCCAGAAGGUUUUGGGGACUUCAAAGUGUAUGGGUCUUUAACGGCUUUCUUUAUACCACUCACAAUUAUGAUGAUUAUCUACUUGCUGACAAUCCAAGUACUGCGCAAGAAGGCCUAUCUUCUGAGAUCAAGAGCUGCAAGGCCCAGUAUUUCCACAGUCUUCCACCAGGAGCUGCCGGGUCUCUCUUCGCCUGAGAAAGUGGUCAUUGCAAAUGGAAUAAAAAGGGACCGAACACUGCAUCCAGUCACAGGGGGCGAGGUCCCUCUCCGCAGGAUGUCCACCAUAGGAAAGAGGUCCAUGCAAAACUUGAGCAAUGAACAAAGAGCAUCAAAGGUUCUAGGGAUUGUAUUCAUGUUGUUUGUUGUGAUGUGGUGUCCUUUUUUCAUUACCAAUGUGACUUCUGUACUCUGUCAAGGGUGCAACAGUAAUCUAGUGGAACAGCUGUUGGAUAUCUUUCAAUGGGUGGGCUACGUUUCAUCGGGAAUCAACCCGCUGGUUUAUACGCUGUUCAACAGGACAUUCAGGCAGGCCUUUAGGCGCUAUAUCACAUGUAACUACAGUCGUGUAAGGACUCCAAAAAUGCAACGGAGAAACAGAAUUUCUUUUCGGCCAUCGGUGACCGAAAACUCAAAACGGUUUAUAAAACAUGGUAUGCAGAACGGCAUCAGCCCUGUAAGUUACCAGAGUCCUCUCCGGCGUCGUCCCACGCACCUGCAGACCUCUGCAAACAUCACGCUGGACACAUUGCUUCUGACGGACAAUGAAGACUGUAAACCUGACGAACACGUAAGCCACGUGUAGUACAUCCGAUACACUUUCGGAUAAGAAGCCAAGAUAGAGAUGUGCCAGUCGUUCAGUGCCAAAAGCCCACAAGCUCUCAUGGGAACCAAUGAGAUAUGGUCUAAAAUGGUUCAGAAGGGCUGCAUAAAAUGGUCAGGGGUUUUUGUUUUGCAUGGCCGCUAAUAUCACACUUGGUCGCACUUUAUUUUAAAGGUCCAAUUCUCCCCAUUAACAAGUCAUUAACUACAACUUUUGCCCUCAAUAACCUCGUAAUUUACUGCUUAUUAAUAGUUAGUAAAGUAGUAGUUAAGUUUAGGUACUGGGUAGGAUUAGGGAUGUAGAAUAUGGUCAUGCAGAAUGCGUGUUUUAUAAGUACUAAUAAACAACCAAUAUAUAAUAAUAGGCAUGCUAAUAAGUAACUAGUUACUAGUGAGAAUUGGUCCCUUUACUAAAGCGUUACCUAAUACUCCAUCUUAAAUCCUUGGAUUGGGAGACAGAUUGGCACUUAAGAUGAACGUUUAAGAACCCCCAAAAGACACAAAUAGCUUUGGGGUGUGAAAGUAACGGCCAGCCUAAUAAUUGGCGGUACUGUGAAAAUAAACACAGUACUUACGGCAAAGAGAGGAGUAUUUUUGCACAUCCCAAAGUUAGUAGACAGGGUCUACAAUGUGAAGCCAAAAUAAGAUAUCUUCUCAAUAUAAGCACAAUAAAUUACAUCUCCACUUACCUUCUGUAUACAAUGAAGAAAAAUAAUAAAUGCUUCACUAAGUUAUGGCAGGUCUUCUUUACUUCUGUAGACUGAUCUUGAAUCAAAAAUGCCUUUGAACAUGUAAGAAAUGACUUUGUAGAUACUCUCAUUUUUCAAGAUUCUUCUGAACUAUUGCUAAAUAAACUUUUUUUCAGAUAAAAUUAGUUGACAUUAUGAUUUCAUUACGCGUUCAGAAAAUAUUUCUUGCAUACUGAAUAUGCAGAAACAUUUGAACUUAGUGUUUGUUUUGGCUAUUGCUCAGUUUAUAAUUGCACAAAAAGCAUGUCAAUGGUGCUACUUUGAAGUUGUGAAAAAUGCAUUACUAUGAAGAAAAAAAAAAAGAAAAAGAAAAAAAAAAAAAUCAACCAUGUUUUACAGCAUUAUCUUAUGGUGAAAAGAUUCCUUUCAUAUUUGUAGUGAGUGAUAAAUCAACAUCCACAACAGAAGGUGUAUAGUCAUGACUUGCAAGUGCAACAGGGAUAGGAGGCCUGUCGGACAGACGACAGAAACCUGUUGAAUUGUUGCAGCUCUGUGCACUCUCUAAACACAGGAAGGAUUUAUAUAGAUUUUUUUUAUUUAUUUUUUUUAACUCACAAUUGAUCAUAGGAUUAUCGCAUGGCCUUUUUAGGGCUUAAAAUAGUUCACCAGUUCUACUUGGCCAAGAACCAGAGGGGGUGUCUGAGGGGGAAUUUACUGCCGGCAAAAUAAAAAUAAAAAAAGAAGCAUAUGGGACAACACAACAUGUUCUACCCUUGCAUGCAGGGUGUUUAAAGGUGCAAGCUGUUUUUGAUCAAAAUCUGUGGUUGGGCCUAUGAUUAAAAACUACUACUUCAAAGUAUUUUUGCCAUGAAACUGUUGAUUUUUGAGGUCAACAAAUGUUGCCAUUUAGAUUGAUCCAUGAUCAAUGCUGGCUAUUUCAAGAUUUACUCAACAUCCAGAUGUUUUGAAGUUUGUAGUGUAGCGGACAUGACCCUAAAACAC